AUGUCUGGAGCCUCCUCAGUUGAGCAGGAGCCGGUGUGGUUCUCAGCCGAGGACAUAGCAGCACUCAAAUCAGUCUUGUUCACGGCCUGCAACGACCCGACGGCCCCCAAUUUUGUCCCAAACAUGAUGAGCCUCCGCCACAGUUUGCUCCCCGAGCUCUUCAACGACGUCGUUCGACUGGCCAAAGUCGCCGGUGCCUGGUUCAAGGCGGCCCCGGAGGUGCCCGCCAACGACGAUGACGACAAGCUUUAUGGCCUUCACGAGUUCCAAAGGCGCGCUUCCGAGUUCGGCCAACGCGCCACGAGAGAGAUUCGACAGGUCCAAGACAUAUUUAGGCUUGUCGCGGAGCGCGGCCAGUCCGGCGGGGACGUCGCUGACCUGAAGGGCAAGGCGCAAAGAUGCGUGGGCCUUCUUGAAGACGUCUUCAAAAACCUGAUAUCUAUCCUCGACAAGCUCAGAGAUAUUGAGCCCAGAGGAGAGAUACCUGCUGACACAUACAAGGCUCUGGCCAGCAUUCAAUGGCGACAGAUCCAACAAGAAACAGAGCAGGCUAGAGAUAGCGUUAAAUAA